AUGCCACCAUUGUUGCUACCAGCAAGGCGAUAUAUGCAAAAAGCAUUUCCAUGGAUUAAAUGGCCGCUGAUAGUGUCAGCGCCAAUGUUAGGAGCUGCAACACCUGCUCUCGCGACAAAUGUAAGUAGAGCAGGAGGUAUAGGGUUCCUUGCAGGAGGGAACAAUGCGUCGGAUCUUGAUCGAAAACUUACAAUCACGACUUCGUUAUUUUCGGCUGCCACUCCUCAAAGACCCGAACUUAUGUGUUCGGGCCGUCUUCCUAUUGGCAUUGGGUUUCAGAACUGGGACUGUAAGAUAAAUGUCGCUGUUGAAGCUACGGAGAAACACAAGCCUUCAGCAAUAUGGCUUUACGCACCGAAACGAACAGAAGAUUUGAAAGAAUGGGCUCGAGAAGUCAGAUCUGUCAGUGACGAUACAGUUUCCGUAUGGGUGCAAGUUGGAACUGUCAAGGAAGCAAUGUAUGUUAUCGACGCUGCCAAUCCAGAUGUUCUGGCAAUCCAAGGUACUGAUGCUGGAGGUCAUGGUCUAGCUCGAUCCGCUAGUAUCAUUUCGUUGCUUCCAGAAGUUGCGGAUGCACUUGUAGAUAGAGGUGCAAGUCGUCCACCGUUACUCGCAGCUGGGGGAAUCAUGGAUGGGCGAGGUGUUGCUGCGGCAUUAUGUUUAGGGGCUACAGAAUCAGUGAUGGGUACCAAAUUUCUAGCAGCUGAAGAAGCAGGUAUUCCAUCAGGCUGGCAAAAAGAACUGGUGAAGGCUGUUGAUGGCGGUGUUAGUACUGGGCGGUCGACUCUGUGCGAUCGAUUGAAGACAAUAGUCGGAUGGCCAGCACAAUAUGACGGUCGUGCUUUACUCAACAAGGGCCACGAGGACGAGAAAGCUGGAAUGACAGACGAGGAAAAUGUUCGCUUGUACAGAGAGGAGCUAAAGAAAGGCGACGAGACCUGGGGCUCUCAUGGUAGGAUGAUUGCAUACGCUGGUACUGGGGUUGGCUUGAUAAGACAUGUGACGUUGGCAGAGAAGAUCGUCGAAGACGUAUCGGAAGAGGGCUUGGGAAUCAUUUCGAAUAAGGUAUAUCAUGAUCUGAGUACCCUACGCGGGAAAUGUUAA